GGAGAAUUUUCACAACACAGGAAGUGGACAAAAUGAAACAGCUCAAGGUGCAGUUUUGAACACCUCGAGAGAUGAAUACUGAGGCCGACUUUACCGAUGAAGGAGACAAUGUUCUGUCGUUGUUAGAAUAUAUGCCAUCUGGAGUGUUAUUAGAAAUCUUCAAGUUUCUAGACUGGAAUGAUAUAUGUCAAGUGGCCUCUACCUGCACAAAGUUUAGAGGUGUUUGCUCCUCUGCUACACUGUGGCUACGAUUGAAGGUGUUAGAUUUCAGAGCCUGUGCUAUACCAGAUGCUGAGAAAAUAUUGCAUGUUUUACAGAAAACACCAAAUGCAGGUCACAUUAUUCUUGGAGAUAUAAUAACUGAGGAUACAGAUGCCAUCAACUCUAAUCCGGCUGAUAAUGCAAGAGAUGAUUAUAUGUCAGAGGAGGAUGAGGAGAAUGAAGAUGAUGCACGUGGCUCUGCACGACAUAAUCUAACAGUGUCAGAUAGAUUUGUUCUGGAUGUAAUAAAGUGUUGUCCAAGGAUUACACACCUGGAAUUACAUAUGCAUAAAAUCACAGAUAUGUCAGUGAAUGCGAUUUGUGCAAAAUGUACAUGUCUACAAACACUUGAACUCCAUGAUAACCCACAUAUACAGAAUGAGGCUGUUUGUGAGCUGGUCUCACUGAACCCAGCCAUCACACAACUAGUUAUAGACAGUUGUGAAGAACUUGAGUUCCUAGAAAUUCGACACACAGAUCCUACUCAGCAUCUCAGUCUUACAAAUAUAAGUUUUCUAGGUCAGAAGAUGGUGAUCAGCAAUGUUCAGACCCUGGUGCAAUCCUGUCCUUACCUGACUCACCUAGACCUCACUGCCAGUCAGUAUCUAGAUAGAUUCUCCUUCGACACAGUUCAGGGUCAAAGAAGUGCACUAGAUUGUCUUCAGGUGAUAAUACUCAAACUAUGCAAAGAUCUGCAGUUAAUAAGUCUUCCAUAUUGUCCGAAUCUUCAACAGUUAGACACAUCGUACUGUUCUAGCUUGAAGGAAAUAACAGCAACGUCCCCAAAAUUGAGUCAGCUAGAUACAACUGAUUGUGAACAAGUAACAAAGAUUGAUCUCACGAGUUCAGAUAUCCAGGAGUUGUGCUGUAAAGGAAUGGAACUCUUAAAUACACUACAAAUUGGAUCUGAUCAACUCACUUCACUAGACCUGUCAGAAUGCUCAAGUCUUCUUGCCAGCAAUGCACUAGAUGCAGUAACAAACAAAUCUGUGUUGAUUUCUCUCAACAUUUGUGGUUGUAAAAAUAUUUUACCAGAUGAUGUGAACUCAACGGUACUCCCGCAGCUGACUGGAUUGAAAACACUGAAGUAUGGUGGACACUCCUGGACAAGUGUGGCAUUAUCGUCUGAAAAUAUCACAGACUUUGAAUUUUCUAGUUGUAUAAACACAACCUGUGUUUUGUUAAAUUCCCCUUCCAUCAAACAUGUGACAUUGAAUGACUGUAGAGAUUUCUCAGAGCAGGAGUUGAUGGACAGCUUUCUACAUGGAAAACUGGUAACAAGAAUGCAGGGUUUAGAAAGUUUAGUUUCUGACCACAAGGAAAAACCAUUUUGUGGGAACUCUGGAGUACCGAAUCUUUGUACCCUGAAAUGUCACAGUCUUCCAGGUCUCCAUGGUGAUAUUCUGUCACAUGAUUUACGUUACUUCUCAAGUCUUUCCACUGUAGAGUUUGUACAUUGUACAUUUAUUGCACAUGUAACAGUAUCUGGAUGGCCUAGUUUGAAAUCAUUGAAGAUAAUUAGUUGUAACAGAUUGAAUUCUGUCUCAGUAGGAGAUGUUCAUACAUUACAAGACCUUGAUGUCAGAUGGUGUGGUAUGGUACAAGAUUUUACAUUGAGAGCUGAAAACUUGAAAUCCCUUGAUGUCAGAGGGACAAACUUUGCUCAUCUAAAUAUAUUCUGUGAUAAAUUAAACAGUCUUCAACUAAAUGGAGUCUGUACUCAGCCAAAACAUACAAUAUGCUUGAGAUGCCGAUGUUUACGUGAGUUGUCAGUAACAAAGUGUGAUAGACUUACUGAUACUACAGUAACUGAUCUAGUAGAACAUAACCCUCAGCUACAGUCCUUGUCUUUGAUAGGAACUUUGUCUUUAAGGUGUUUAUCAUUACCUAGCAGCAUCAAGGUAUGCAGUUUGACAGGCCAUAGAACAUUGAAGAAAAUAAAUCUGGCAUCACCAAUCACUGUACAGCAUCUCACCCUAAAUAAUCUACCUAAGUUGGUACCAGAAGAAAGGCAGAUGUUAUUGAAGCAAUGUGAAGAAUCAUUAAGGAUACUUGAAGUUCGUGCCAUCCCAGGGGAAACAUAUCUUCAGCUGCAGUUGCAGAACUUGUGUUCACUCACAUUAGACCAAGGCAUACAUCUCUCUGCAUUAGAUAUCCAGUGUUCAAAGUUAAGAUAUUUGAGGAUACAGGGAUGUCCUAAACUGAACUCAUUGACACUGCAUGUAGAGAGUCUGACCCAGGUGCAAGUGUACCAUAGCGCCCCACUGCUCGCCCUGAGAUGUCUGUCCUUACACAGCAAACAGGUGCUACAUUUAGCAAGAGUACUUGCAUAUUACUGUCCAAAGUUAGAGGAGCUCUCUCUGUACGGAAGUGAAAUCAAAGGAAGUCAGUUGUAUGGACUGGGUCAAAGUUUACACAGUCUACACACUGUGACACUGCAUCAUUGUAACGUUGGAGAACUUGAAAGACAGGGACACAGUCUUAUGAUUGACAGCUCUGUAAUAGACAGAUAUAAUGAGGAACAUUUACUGGUGCAUUUUAUUGAUUGUUAACCCUUUUCCUGCUGUUAACCCUUUUUAGCUCGACUAUACAAAGUAUGGAGAGCUAUCCUACUCGACCCAGCGUAGGCGUCCGCUUUGGCGUCCUUCCGCGUCCGCACUUUGGUUAAAGUUUUGAUGCACUUUCUCUUUGUUGUUUCAUGAUGGAUUUACUUCAAACUUAAAAUAAUUGUUCCUCAUCAUCACCCACAUCAUAUGGAACAAGGGUCAUAACUCUGGCACCAAUAUUUCAUCUUUAUCCCACCUUUUUACUUAGAAUUUCAGGUUAAAGUUUUGGUGCACUUUCACUUUAUCUCAGUUAUUACUAAAUGGAUUUAAUUCAGACUUAAAAUAGUUGUUCAGCAUCAUCACUUACAUCAUAUGACACAAGGACCAUUACUCUUGCACCAUUAUUUCAUGAAUUAUCCCCCCUUUUUCUUAGAAUUUCAGGUUAAAGUUUUGAUGCACUUUCACUCUAACUCAGUAAUUACUAAAUGGAUUUGAUUCAAACUUAAAAUAGUUGUUCCACCUUAUCACCCACAUUAUACAACACAAGGUCAAUAAAUCUUUCAUGAAUUAUGCCCCUUUUACUUAGAAUUAAAGGUUAUUUUUAUGCAUUUUCACUAUAUCUCAGGUUAUUACUAAAUGGAUUUGAUUCAACAUGACACAAGGUGCAUCACUCUUGCACCAAUAUUUCAUGAAUUAUGCCCCCUUUUUGCUAAGAAUUGUACUUAUAUAUAUUUAAUGUUUUGAUACACUUGAUUCUUAUCUCUCUUAUUACUUAAUACUUUUGACACAGACUUAAGCUAUUAUCCAAUAUUUCAUCCAUGUUGGAGUCAUUGAAUAUUCCAGUGACAGCUCCAGCUUCGUCAAAUGUGCCCAGUUUCACUAUCCAGCAUCGAAAUAGUCGAGCGUGCUGUCUCCUGUUUUUCUUAUGCCCCACUUCGAAGAAAGAGGGGUACUGUGAAAUCAUUUGAUUUUGUUUUGGCCAAAAUGGCUGUUUUGUGCGGACGUAAAUUCGUGGAUUUUCAAUUUUGGUUUUGUUUUCUUCAUAAUUUCCACAGGAGUAGAUCUAGUAUAUCAUUUUGUUCUUACAUGUGAAACCUACACGUGUCAAACAGCACUACCAUAGUUACCAAAUUUGCAAUCUAUGCCAUGGGAGGUUAGCGGGUGAUUAUGUGCCAAUUACUGAAGUCAGCACCAAUUAAAAAGUGUCAAAACUAGACUUUCAUCCGAAAUGUAUUUUUGCAAAAUGAAUGCGCGUCUGCAUCUAAAAUUACAAGAUGUUGAACUUAUGCAUGUGCUAUCUUGUGCUGAAAAACGUGUAAUGUGAAUAAGGUAAUAAUGCAUUGGACGAAAAUCUAGCAAUUAAUUUAUAAUAUUUAGUAGUUCCAAAGUAAUAGUAGUUUACUACAUGUCAGUAAAAAUAAAGGCUAGUGUAAAACAUUGCGGAGCGGGCCCGAACAAAUUCAAAUAACAACUGCAGAAUAGUGUGGUUGGCAUGUGACGCUAUGUCAAACUUUUAUUUUUAGUACUUUUACUUUGACUAGCAUGUUGUAAACAUUAAAUGAUUAUGUCUGAAUGAAAGUCGGUUUUGUUCCGAUGCAUACCUAUGUUUAUCUUUGAUGGAGCGUCAAUAAACUACAUGAAAGCUGCAAGUCAGUACUGCCGCAUGCACACAACUAUGGAUAAGAUUGGACAGCUAUGUUGUCUGUUUUGGUGACAUUGCACAUUGUUGCAUACGAUUUACAUUAUUGUGGGCACAGUUUGUUUGUUGUGACUUAAUUUUGUGGUUGAGCUGAACCAUGAAAUUCACGAAAAUUAAUCCCCAUGAAUAAUAAUGAUUUCACAAUAAUGAUUGUUUUGCAGACGUCAGUCGGUAUGUAGACCUAUCCGUUUCUGGAUGAUAACUCAAGAACGCUUGGGCCUAGGAUCAUGAAAGUUGAUAGGGAGGUUGGUCAUAAUAAGCAGAUGACCCCGUAGGUCAAAGUUCGAGGUCACAAUGACCCGGAACAGUUAAACGGUUUUCGGAUGAUAACUCAAGAAUGCUUUGGCCUAGGAUCAUGAAAGUUGAAAGGGAGGUUGGCCAUGACCAGCAGAUGACCCCUAUUGAUUUUGAGUUCAGUAGGUCAAAGGUCAUGGUCAAAGUGACCCGGAACAGUUAAAUGGUUUCCGGAUGAUAACUCAAGAAAGCUUGGGCCUAGGAUCCUGAUUAUUAAUAGAGAACUUAAUCAUGACUAGCAGAUGACCAGUAUUGAUUUUGAGGUCAGUAGGUCAAAGUUGAAGGUCACAGUGACCCGGAACAUUUAAACCGUUUCCAGAAGAUAACUUGAGAACGCUUGGGCCUAGGAUCACGAAACUUGAUAGGGAUGUUGAUCAUGAUCAGCAGAUGACCCCUAUUGAUUUUGAGGUCAGUAGGCCAAAAGUCAAGGCACAGUGACCCGGAACAGUUAAACGGUUUCCAGACAAUAACCCAAGAACGCUUGGGCCUAGGAUCAUGAAAGAUGAUGAGGAUGGUCAUGACCAGCAGAUGACCCCUUUUGAUUUUGAGGUCAGUAGGCCAAAGCUCAAGGUCACAUUGACUCGGAACAAUUAAACCCUUUCCGGAAGAUAACAUGAGAAUGCUUGGGCCUAGGAUCACGAAAGUUAAUAGGAAGGUUGAUCAUGACCAGCAGAUGACCCCUAUUGAUUUUGAGGUCAGUAGGUCAAAGGUCAAGGUCACAUUGACCCAGAACAGUAGAACUUCUGUGUAUAAUGACCAAAUAAUUUCUGUUCCUUGUGCAAUUACUGAUUGCAUCAAGGGGGGAAUUUCAUGUUCUACAAGCUCUUGUUGCUGCUAAAUUUCUAUAAUGAACUUGUCCAUCUUUCAAAAUGGACAGUUCCAUUAAUUGUUAAAAGGGGUGCAUACCAAAAAGAUACUGACUGAAUGACGAACAGUGUAGAUCAUGAUCAGACUGCCUGGAUGUGCAGGCUAAUCAUGAUCUACACUGGUCACAAAGGCAGAAUCAAUGGUGUCCAGCAUAAUAAGGGUUAACAAGCCAAGUUUUAAUUAUUGUUCUGUGAUAAAUAAAAAACUGCUGAAAUUUUUUGCACUAGUUUAAAGAUCAUGCAAGGAAAUAUUCAAACAAAUAUUUGAUGGAAAAUUCAAGAUUUCUAAAUAUCAUCAAGUAAUUCCUUUGUUUGUUUGUUUACCUAUACUGUGUUGGUGCGCCGUAAAACCCAAAUAAAUAAAUAAAUUGUUUGUUUUGGGUUUAACGCCGUUUUUCAACAGUAUUUCAGUCAUGUAACGGCGGACAGUUAACCUAAUCAGUGUUCCUGGGUUCUGUACCAGUACAAACCUGUUCUCCUCAAGUAACUGCCAACUUCCCCACAUGAAUUACUAGAGGUGGAGGACGAAUGAUGUCAGACACAAUGUCUUUUAUCAAACCAUCAUGGAGAACAUACGCCCCGCCCCCAGAUUGAACUCGUGACCCUGCGAUCUAUAGACCAAUGCUCUCCCUACUGAGCUAAGCGGGCGGGUUUAAGUAAUUACUUUAUUAUGUUAUUAUGUUUCCCACACCACUGUGUGGUGGGAGACAUAUUGAUUUACUCCUGUGUGUCCGUCCGUCCGUCUGUCACAAAGCUUGUCCGCAUCUAAGUCAGACAUUUCUCAUCCGAUCUUGACCAAACUUAACAAAAUGUGUUUGCCAAUAAGUCCUCGGCCAAGUUCGAUAACUAGCCAAAUCGGCUCAGGCACUUCGGAAUUAUGGCCCUUGAAACAUUGUUGAUAAUUAAAGCACUGAAAGCCUAAUUGGGUUGUAUCAAAGCACUGAAAGUCUGUUUGGGUUGUAUCAAAGCACUGAAAGUCUGAUUGGGUUGUUUUUGAUAAUCAAAGCACUGAAAGUCUGAUUGGGAAUUAAGAAUAUAUUGGGCGUAGGGUUUAUACUCGAACAUUUCUCAUUCGAUCUUCACCAAACUUGAACAAAAUGUGUUUGCAAAUAAGUCCUCGGCCAAGUUCGAUAACUAGCCAAAUCGGCCCAGGCACUUCGGAAUUAUGGCCCUUGAAUUACCGAAAAUCGCUCAGCUCUUGGGGCACAUAAAGGACUCGUAUACUACUAAUGUAUAUGAGUCAUUUAUGCCCCAAGACCUAAUCAUGUCAGAUGAUUAGGCAAUUGAGGUCUUGAUACAUGGUUGACUCAUAUACUACUAUUCAGAUUAUUAGGCAGAUGUGGGAGACAUGUGCUGUUCUCAAAAGCAGCUCUAAUUUGAUUUAUUUUGAUAAAAUGUUAUUAUUUUGUUGAAAUUGACAGUUCAUUGCUUGUCAAUACAAUAUUAAGAAAUGACA